AUGCAAUCAAAUCCUGAGGAUACAGAGGGCAGUGGCAUCCACGCGGUCGAAUUGUGCGUAUAUUCUAUCUUGUCAACAGAUCUCGAUGGCAUUUAUCAAUCGAUCAACCAACUAAGAGAAUCCCAGGCUCUGCUAGUGCUGUUACUGCGUAGAUGUCGAAACUCAUUGAAAUGCGAGAGUGAACUCCUUUAUGACAAGGAGGAUAUAGCCAAGUCUGCGUUGAAAGUAAGGGAGCUGGAGAAACGACUGAACAAAGUUACCAAACGGUUGAAUGAGAUCAAGCUGAGGGGUGAAAGGUUGGUUAAUCGAUAUUAG